GCAGCUUCAAAGUUCCAUGCAGUUGAGUGCAGUUCAGGGCUAAGAAAACCCGGAGAAGCAGCAGAGCGAAGAGAGGGCGCCAACAGAUUUUGUUUGAACCCUGUAGGCAGCUGCUAGGUGUGUUUGAAACCAACUUCCGUGUAAUGUGCCAGCGGUUCGCGUACGGACCUGAUGCAUCUUUCUCAAAAUUCCUCGGAGUCUCAUUGUCAGAUCUACAUAUCUCAGGAAAUGGCUUUCCGGGACCUCGCUCCUACCGUAAGGGGAACAAGAUCUAGGAUGCUGCUUGAGCAGACGCCACUCUGACGCCCCAGAAGCUCCCGGCCCUCCGUAAGCUAUGGCCAACUUCUUGGAAGACGACGAGUUCGGCGACUUUGUGGUGGUGCCCCCCACUCAGAGCACCGCCCCCCCGGUCGGAAGAACCGACAGCUUCAGCUUUGGCGAGCUUGGAGGCCCUGUGAUCCCACCCGCACCAGCUGCAAACAGCGCUGUGGUAUUAGCUCAACAAAUUGACAAGGCCCCUCUCACCGCAUCCCCCAUCAGCGAAAUGAUGCUCUCAAUGCACGGGCUCAAGAAACCGCAGCCGUCGAAGGGCGCCACAGCGGAACCCGCGUUUGGCCCCUCCUCCGGAGCCUUGCCGGAUAUUUUCGCGGUAGACUCGCCGGCGCCGUCGGGCGACUUCUCUUUUUCUGAGCCGUCGGUUGGUGACCCCUUCUCACAGCCAUUCAAACCCCCUUCUGAGCCCCCACAGUCCCAGAAUACCCUUGAGCCGGCAGUGAUUCAAAAUUCUCUCCAGCCCCCUCUGUUUGAGAACCCUCCCAUUCCUCCAUCCGCAUCCUUAAAUGCGGCACUGGGCCAAGUUGAGGACGACGACUGGGGGGAUUUCGCAGCCGUCAAAGUCGAGGAAACCAGUUUCCCAAAACCGCCUCCCCUAGUUGCUAACGUCACUACCGAGCCCAUCGCUAACAUCAGCACCAAAGCCCCGGCAAAGUCUACCUUGCUAAGCAGCAUACACCCCCCCCCUUCCGUGAAGACCGGGUCUCGGCGCAGCAGCGGGGGGCCUUCUGACUUGAAACCUGUCCCGUCAACCAAACCCGCCCCGUUAACCAAGCUUGCUACUCGAUCGCCUCGCUCUUCCCCCCACUCCUCCCCUCGGUCGUCCCCUCGGUCCAGCCCCCGAGCAAGGCGCGCCAGUUUAGAACCGGCCACGAGCUCCCCCCGCAGCUCCACUCUGAGCAGACCCGCUUCUAAAGCCGAGCCCACAGCCUUAGCCAAACCGAAAGCCCCUUCCCAACUGAUAGGCAAUCUGAUACCCCCUGGGGCAGGACGUGGGAACCGGCCUGUUAACCAGGACGUUAACAGGGCGCGGUUCGCAAUGGCUGCGGGGCUAGCGUCUGAGUGGGCAUCCGAUUUCAAGGACUCUACCACUGGAAGAGAGGAAGCAGCGCCGCCUGCACAGGCGCCGGUUGUGGAUCUGAUGGACUGGGGAGAGGAGGCCAUCGAGCCGAGCAACCUCUCCCAAGCGGCCCCCAGCCCUGACGACGAUUUCGGCGACGAUUUCGGCGACUUCGUCUCCGCAACUAGUUCCACUUCCACCUCGCGCCGCGCCAGCGACUUCGACUUUACGGCUUUUGAUGCGGGCUCGGAUCCGGGGGCCAAGCCCAACGGGGUGAGCAACGGGGGCCACGUGGCUCCAGGAUUUGGGGGGUUGGAAAGCGGCGGGGUUAACGGGAGGCGGUUCAGCGGGGCCGGGGGCUUGGAGGGCUUCGGAGAGGAGCUGACGCAGGCACCAAGCUCGUUGGACGCUUUCUUUGGGAAAGGCAUUGCGGCGAGUGCCGAUCCUGGGAGAAAGGUAGAGAAGGGUCUGAGCGCUUUGGGUAAUGGUUUGACAGUGCCGCCACAGCAGAGCGCCGGUGGUAGCGGGAUCGGAGGGUUGGAGGGGUUUGGGGAGGAACUGACGCAGGCGCCGGUUCCGCGGGACGCUUUUCUAAGGAACGAAUCCCCGGCGCAAGCGGGGGCGUCGGAGUCGACAGAAAGGGUUAGGGGCAACGGUCCGGGUUCAGCUGUUCCACAGAAAACCGGUAGCAACGGUACUGCGGGAUUGGAGGGGUUUGGGGAGGAGCUCACGCAGGCGCCCAAUCCGCUGGACGCAUUUUUAGGCAACGCUUUACCAGCACAAGCGAGGGCGUCGGAACCGGCUGCAAGCCUCCGAGGAAGUGGGUCAGGAGCGGCCCCCGUAUCCGGAGCCGGUGGUUCGAACGGCAGCUUUGCGGCUACGUUUGCGAGCCCCCUCGUGGUCGGUGCGGAAGCGUCUGGGGGCACAGGGAAACUAAGCGCGGACGCUCUGACGCCCCAGUCGACGCUGCACUCGGUGGCGCCCCCUCUCUUUCCGGACCCGGACUUUCUCGACGGGCCCGCAGUAAAUGCCUCAAAGCCUGUGGGGGAAAGUGAGCCUCUUGGCGGUCUUCCUAUCGGACGGUCCGAACCAGCGUCCGAAGCAGAGUCUCAAGCGUCCGAGAGGGGGUCACAAACGUCCGUGACAAACCCCCCGGUUAAGUUUGGGGUUAAGGAGGCGGGCAGGCUGUCGCGGUCAAUGUUUGGGGAGGAGUCUGACGAGGAGACCGAGUUAGCUGAAUCGGUUCCGGUGGGCGGGGCACCGGCGGUGGUUCCGAAAGUUGCUUCUCAGGCGCCGUCCCUUGAGGCCCUGCUAAACAGCAGUGCGUACGAGGCGAGCAUAGCAAAAGCCUCAGGAGGCGGUGUCAGUGCGGAGAACAGGGCCUCUUCUGGGGAAGGUUCAAAUGCUGACGGUCCGAGAGUGGGCACUUCCUUCGGUGCAAGUGCAGCGUCGCCGGACGCUUCUCUUGCAACUGGGAAAGGCGACAAUGUCGGAGCAGCACCCGAGUUGCAUUCGGCUACCCACCUUUCUCCCUCUUUAGAAAGCCUUGGAAGCUUCAGCUUUGGCCCCGUCACAGCCGCUCCAAGCACCACUGCUACGCAAGGAGGGGGCGCGUUUGGAAGUAGUGCGCCUGGCGGGGGGGUUCCAGUGACUUCAGGCGCAGCCAGCAGUGCACCCCCCCAGGACGAUGACGACGAUUUUGGGGACUUUGAGAGCGCUGACGUGGCCGGGGGUCCCGGUCCGAACACCGCCGGUGGAGCGCCACUUGGCGGCGGAGCAUUGGAGGACGCGCUCUUCGGUGGGUUUGAUCUUCCUCAAGCUGCCGGGAGAUCCGCAGAGGGUAUUCUUUCUGGAGGAGAGGAGGUUUCUCGAAGCAGCGUCGCUGCGGUGGCGGCAGGGGGCGAUCCUUUUGCUAGUACGGAACCGGCAACUACCGCAGUCACGUCAGAUACUUUUGCGAUGUUUGGGAGUUCAGGGAAGGGAAACGGGGCGGUGGCGUCAAAGCAGGACGAUCUGUAUGGGAGAUUUGAGGCACCCGGAACGGGCGCGGGUGCGCCUGGAUUAGCUGACGAGGACGACUUCGGUGAGUUCAUGGACUCCCGACGGGAGAGCGUUGCCACAACAUCCACGUCCGGAGUUGAUCCUUUUGGGGGGUUUGAAAACUCCAGACGAAGCAGUGCGGCUCCGGUUUCGAUUCCAGGAGACGACUUUUUCGGGGGGGCUCCGGCUUCGGCGAGGACCAGCGUCUCCGCAGCUUUGGACGAUCCGUUCGGGAGUUUCGAAGGUUUAGGAACGACCGCUGGUUCAGGGGCCGCGACAGACCCGUUCGGAGGAGCGCGGGGUUCUAGGAAGGACAGCCCGAAAGCUGCGAGGGGCGGGGUGCUUAUAGGAAACCUGGGUGGGGUUAGCAUUCGCAGCCCUGGGACUUCUGGUCGGAGCACUGGUUUUGAAACCCUCGGCGGGUUUGAGAAUCUGCCCUCUGGUCGCGCCAGCAGCGGGUCGCAGGCUGGAGCCCUCGAUCUAGAUCUCCUCUCCGGUCCGGUUACCCAAAAUCUGGUCAAGCCUAACCCACCCAGUGACCCUUUUCUGGACCUGAUGGGACUGGACGCGUCUGCCCCGUCCACUUCCGGGCAUUUGUCGGACCUGUUAAGCUCGCCGAACGGGCUAGAAACCCAGAGUUCAGUGGCGGGUUUGGCUCCGGUUAACGGGCUUCACCGAUCGGUUUCGGCGCGGCGGUCGCGGCGGGAGCGGUCGCGGCGGUCGAGCUCGGCGUCCGAGGGCGUCCAAACGGAACCGGAAAGCGUCCGAGCGGAACAGGAACGCGUCCAUAACGGGGGUGGCCACUCGCGAGCUGCCAGCUGGCAGGAGGGGAACCAACAGAGGCUGGAACGGACGGCGGGGAGCAUGGGCUCUGGAAAAAGGAAGAGUUACAAGGAGAGCGACUUACUGGAGGUUGCGAUGGAUUUGUUGGAGGAGGGGAGGCUUGCAGAGGCGCGCGCUUGCUGGGCGCACAUUGGGGCCCAGCGGGGGCUGCCUGAGAGGAAGGCCGAGUAUGAGCGGGCGAUGAUCGAGUCGCCCAUGAAAGCCUUCGACAUCAUGAAAGUCAUCCACGACUUGGAGGCGUCGCUAGCCCCCCCCCACGUGGUCGCCCGAUGGCAGCGGCCGCCUGCCGCCGGCAGCAGACGGGGCUCCUUCUCCAGUGCUUCGGACAACGGACGCCUCGCCGGGCCGAGCGAGCCGGACGUCCGGAUAGAAACGCAGCGGGCGUUCGUCAAGGCGUGGGAGGAUCUGGCGCACGCAUGCGCUGACGAGUUGGAGGAGGGCCUGGAGAUUUGGCAGCAAGCGGUGGACGCGGGGUGCGAGCAGGAGCUCCUCCGGGACCCCAAGGGCCGCCGCUACUUCUCCGCCCUCUGCCGCGUCUACCUCGUCGCCGCGCUCCUCUCCUCUCUAGUUCGCUGGCGCAAGCCGUGGCUCGCAAACGCCCCCCCCGCUACGGCCGACAGCCUCCAAUCCUGCCUGCACGACUGCCGGCGCGCAGCCGACGGCGGCCUGCGGAGCGCACUCCGCGCGGUUUCGGGCCGAGGCGAGGGUUUAGGGUUUAAGGAAGUGUGGGCGACCGCGCAGGGCGCGGUGCUCGAGGCGGCGGUGGGAAAAGGCCCCCGGCAGCCGGUUUGUGGGCUCACGCUGGUUCCCCAGCACGUCAUAAAAGCGCUUCCCCUGAUCACGUGGCAGGGCCGUCAGUUCCUCGCUCCGGUAGCAAACCUGUGGCGCAAUAGGAUAUCCCCCUCUUGUCCAGACGUAUCGCUUCCCUGACACGUUCACGAGUUGUUCAGUCCGUUCCUAGGUUGAAUAGGUCCUGUCAAUCCUUGCGCCGCCGCUUUCGACACUGAUCUUUAGCAUUGCAGUAAUACUGUUUCAGCAAGUUGACUCGUCUGAGUGGCAGCUGAGAAACGCUGGCCUUACCUUCUCAAAGUCCUCGUUCUUGC